GAAAGAACAGGAAAUAUGGCAACUGCCCAGAAGCAAAGAACCUCUCUGAGUGAAAUAAUAUUUCCCAACAAAAUAUCAACUGAGCAGCAAUCUCUAGUAUUAGUGAAAAGAAUGUUGGCAAUAGCUGUAUCCUGCAUUACCUACCUAAGAGGGAUAUUUCCAGAAAGUGCAUAUGGAACAAGAUAUAUUGAUGACCUCCGUGUGAAAAUACUGCGGGAAGAUAAAAACUGCCCUGGCUCCAGUCAGCUGGUGAAAUGGAUGCUGGGAUGCUAUGAUGCAAUGCAGAAAAAAUAUCUCAGAUCAAUCGUUUUAGCGGUCUACACCAACCAGGAAGAUCCUCAGACUGUUACAGAGUGCUACCAAUUUAAGAUCAAAUACAGCGAUCAAGGACCAUCUAUGGAUUUCACAAGUAAAAACAAUGGAAGUAAUUCCAACAGCACGUGUACAAGUACUAAGAAAGAUAGUAUCGUGAUGAUACGAAAGAUUUAUGUCCUGAUGCAGAACCUGGGCCCUCUGCCUGAUGAUCUCUGUCUGACGAUGAAGCUGUUCUAUUAUGAUGAAGUUACACCUCCUGAUUACCACCCUCCAGGAUUCAAAGAGGGUCAUUGUGAAGCAGUGGCAUUCGAGGGGGAGCCAAUGUACCUAAGUGUUGGUGAGGUUCCAACCCCUUUUCAUAUAUUGAAAGUUAAAGUGACGACAGAAAAAGAUCGAAUGGAGUGCAUCGAUGCAGACUUAUUCAGGCAAGGGAAGGCACUGACUUCCACAAAGCCACAGCAUCUUGAUAAAAUGGAUGAAGAUUUUAUUGCAGAAAACAGAAUGAGGGAGCAGAAAAACACACACAGGGCUCCACAUACUAAAGAACUUAAUUUAGUGUGUGAAGAAGAUGAAGACAUGAGGAUAGAAGAUAGCCAAACUCUCUCCAUCAAUAGUUCUCAGGUGGAACAUCUAAUUAAUAAGACAUCAGAACUUGUAGUAGCUGAGGGAAAGACCCGAAGUGGAAGGAAGUUUAAAGGCAACACAGUUUAUCAUCUUGAAUUCUCUUCUGGUGAAGACUCAGUUCCCAAACGGAGAAAAAUUAGUGAACCAAAAGAGCGGAUUUAG